ACAGGACAGCUGUGGAUUUCUACUCCCCCUCCCUCUUUUCUCUAGAUAAACAUAUGCUGCACACAAUUACAGUGACAUGGAUCACUGACGUUGCUUAGGCCGCGAAGCCAACGAAAAGGCCGCCUAUCGCACUUCCCUCGAACGCCGGUACAGCAGCGAAAGCACAGCACGUGUCGGGGUGUAGACGCACGCUAUGGCUACUCCAGCGAGUCGUUCCUCCACGAUGUACGGGCUACUCCUGCUCGGUGUCAUCGCCACUUGCCACGUGCCUCCGGUGACUGCCGCCGAAAAGCCACCGGGCCAGGGUCUGCAAUGCGAUGGAUGCGUGGCGAUCCUGCAAGAGCUGCACCCCAAGCUGUCGGCGAGCCAAGGUCGCAAGCGACUAGUGGAAGGCGCGCUGAACAACUUGUGCAACGCGGAUAACUUCGUCGUCUACAGGCACAGCCCUCCGAAGAUGCUCAAGGCCUGCAACUUUAUCCUCGACAACUACCGGGACGAGCUGACGUCGAGCCUGCACAACUUCUACAAGAAGUACAAGGUGAAGGACAACCUCAAGCUACAGGCCGAGUUCUGCGAUGAGACUAUCAAGGUGUGCCCGCCGGGUAUGCGGGACACAGACAUCAGGAUGAACCCCGUCGGAAUGAGCAUCGAUGAAGCCAAUGAGAAGCUAGCCGAAGGCUUCGAGUUCCAGCAAGAGAAAGUUAUUGAAGUCGAUAACAAACAGGAUGAGCUUUGAUAGCAUGUCACAUGAGCCCCAACAAAGUAGUCAACACUCAGCGGUUUCUCCAUCAUACACCAGGAAAAAACAGCUUGAGCAUACUAAUCCAGAGUGUGCAGUUCUAUAGUGUCUCUCUCACCUUGCUGUUUCAUCGACAAUCACCUCCCAUUAUAAACAUUACGAGACUCGUGAUGAAA